AGGAGAGGGGGAUACCUCUGCUAGGUCAAGUAGUUAGUUCUUUCACCGAGACCGUGGUGUCUACCGCGAGUAUCUGUCAGACUCCGUUCGGUUGCUAGUGAUCUCUUGCAAUUUCUGCGAGCUGGUUAUACUGUCCAGUCGUUCAGCAAGUACCGUGGUGUGUGGAAGUGCUUGGAUUUCCUCUUCGUGGAGAGUACAUACAACACGCCGGCCGGGCUCCCUAACAAUAGCACAUUUCCUUACUUCCUUACGGACGUGAAUCACUUUAAAUUUGAAUUUUGGGCACAUUAUUAAAGAUGAACUGUAACUGCCCAGUUACACAGCCGGGCCCGACGCUGGCGUCGACAUGCGGUGGCUCCUCGUUCAUGCUGUUCAUGGGUCUGCUGGAGGUGUUCAUCCGGUCGCAGUGCGACUUGGAGGAUCCAUGCGGACGUCCGUUGACGCGUAGCCAGCCGGACCGCGAGUACGACUUCAUCGUGGUCGGUGGCGGAUCGGCGGGGUCGGUCGUGGCGAGUCGGUUGAGCGAGGUGCCGCAUUGGCGGGUUCUGCUGAUAGAGGCCGGCAUGAAUGAGCCGACAGGCACUCAAGUACCGUCCAUGUUCCUCAACUUCCUCGGCACGUCUAUAGACUGGGGCUAUCAGACCGAACCUGAGGAUAUGGCUUGCCUGGCUGAGAAUGAGCGACGCUGUAAUUGGCCAAGAGGAAAGGUACUGGGUGGAACAAGUGUUCUAAACGGAAUGAUGUACAUAAGAGGCAGCAGAAAAGAUUUCGAUGACUGGUCGAAACUUGGAAACACAGGCUGGAGCUACCAAGAUGUACUUCCCUAUUUCCUCAAAUCGGAAGACAAUCUUCAAGCUGAUCAAAUGGAUGCCGGAUACCACGGUGUUGGAGGCUACCUGACAGUCACUCAGUUCCCAUACCAUCCCCCUCUAUCCCACGCGAUUCUCCAGGGAGGAUUGGAGCUUGGAUACCCCAUUCGUGAUUUGAACGGAGCUUCCCAUACAGGAUUUUCCAUCGCACAAACAACAAGCAGAAACGGAUCACGAUUGAGUUCGAGUAGAGCUUUUCUGCGUCCAGUCAAGGAUCGCCCCAAUCUUCAUUUUAUGUUGAACACCACUGUUACAAAAGUUUUGAUCGAUCCCAGCAAAAAGCAGGCUUAUGGUGUGGAAGUCAUGACUGGAGAUGGUCGUAAAGAGAACAUUCUGGCGAAAAAUGAAGUAAUCAUUUCGGGAGGAGCUGUUAAUUCUCCACAACUUCUGUUAUUAUCAGGUAUCGGCCCCAAAGACGACCUUCAAAAGGUUGGUGUGCCAGUUGUGCAUGAUCUUCCAGGUGUAGGUAAGAAUCUGCACAAUCAUGUAGCAUUUUUCUUGAAUUUUCUCAUCAAUGACACAGACACUACCCCCCUAAACUGGGCAACUGCCAUGGAAUAUCUACUGUUCAGAGACGGCCUGAUGUCAGGAACUGGUCUUUCUGACACUACAGGCUUUAUAAACACAAAGUACGCCAAUCCCAAUGAAGAUAAUCCUGACAUCCAGUUCUUUUUCGGAGGGUUUUUGGCGAAUUGUGCACGUACUGGACAAGUGGGUGAACGGUCUGGAGAUGCCACCAACAACUCUGCUCCCCCACCUCAAAGAGUGGUCAAUAUCAUUCCCGCCGUUCUUCACCCAAAAAGUAGAGGUAUGCUCAAGCUCAGAGACAAUAACCCUCUUUCAAAGCCGAUGAUUUUUGCUAGAUAUUUGACAAAUCCACAAGAUGUCGCUACACUUAUUGAGGGGAUCAAGUUUGCUAUCAGACUAUCAGAAACUAAAGCACUGUCAAAGUAUGGCUUCAAACUUGACAAAACACCAGUGAUGGGUUGUGAGAACCUUACUUUUGGAUGUGAUGCUUAUUGGGAAUGUGCAGUACGUAGAAACACGGGUCCUGAGAACCAUCAAGCAGGCAGCUGUAGAAUGGGACCGGUGGGGGAUCCUGGAGCAGUGGUUGACCCUGAGCUCAGAGUUCAAGGCGUGGAUCGCCUCAGAGUGAUGGACGCUUCUAUCAUGCCAGCUGUAACCUCUGGCAAUACAAAUGCGCCAACAAUCAUGAUUGCUGAAAAGGGAUCAGAUAUGGUGAAAAGUAGGUGGAUUGGAAGACGACUAUGGAGUAAGUGGUGACAUUGAAAUUGUGUUCUCAAUCGUUUAGAUUGCAAUUCUCAUUCCACAUAGCAGUAUUGAAUGACUAUGACCCACUCAUUCAACCCUUUAAUAGAGAUGUAAUUCAGAAUCUCUGCUAAUGCAUUUCAUCAAAACUUUGAGAAUGAUGUUUCUUUGCUGUGUUUACUUCCCUUUUAAGUGCAAUAUAAAAACUAGUAUUAAAGAGAUGGAGAAGAAAUCAGAAGAAUGGAUGUGUGAAAUGCGUUGAAUUGGAAUAUGAAUGAGUCUCGAAUGUAAGUUGUAGCAUAGAAAUUAUCAUGUAAGAAUCAAAGUUGAUAUAAGGUAUGGUAUUAAACGUGAAUUAUAAUAAAAAGUUGGAACCAAUUUCACCCGCAUUAUUCUAUCAGGUUUAUGAUCAUUCUGAGAUGCUGAAGAAUGGGUUGCACUCAGGCUCAAAAAUUAUUAAGAAUUUGAAAGGAAUUUUCCAACAAAAAUAUCUAUCAUUUCCCUAUUAGAAUACAUUGAAUUUUCAAAUCUCAAGAUGAAAACGAAAUAAAUAAGAUUAAAUUGAGUUCGAAUAAAAAUAACUCUCUCUUUGAAUAGAAGGUAGAGUGAAGCCAGAUUGGAAAAUAGAACCUAUACAUACUUCAUAAGGAAGGAAGUACAUACCUAGUUAAAGUUAAAAGGUCGCAUUAAUUUGAAGCUAUUUCUUAUUAGUUCAAUAUUGAAAACUCUGCAUUUGUAUUCACACAAAUUUGUUGAUUCAUCACAAGUUUAAAAUAUGAAGAACUCAAUUUUAAUCCACACUUUGAAGAUGCCCUUCAAUAUUCAAACAACUGUAGUAAAUCAGAACAAAUGUUCAUAACCUCAUCGAACAGCACCUACAAAUUAAUCUAAUAAGUAAUCAAUUCUUCACAACCAUAAUUAUUGAUACUAUAAUGCCAUAGCUUGUGUUAACUAGAGAAAUUAUUGAAAAUUUGAGGAGCCUCUUACCCUUUGAUAACACCAAAUACACCCAUCAUCCAUCAUCCAUCAUCCUACUUAAUAACAUUCUAACCUUUCAAUCGUCCCCUUUACUAUGAAAUUCAGAACUAGUACGGUAAUAGCCACAGUUGCCAGUCGUCAGUAUGAUUCCUGUAGUAAUCUAGUAACCAACAAAUCAAUUAUCAUCAGAGUAUUCAAAAUUCCAAAAGAACAAUUUUUCAGCCUUGAUUUUUCUAAAAGAAUGAAUAUAGAAAUUGUAAAUGUAAGUUCAAAUCAUGUCUCAUUUUGUUACAGUAAGUUUGAUUAUAAUACAGUAAACUAGAACAAUCUUCUUUUAAAUCUCGGUAAUAUGAAUAAUUUAUGGAACUCUUAUAGUGUUUAAUGAAUGUCAAUGAAUCAUUAAUCGUUGAAUAAGAUUUGACUAUAAUUUGGUAUUUUAAUCAUACUGAAUUCAAAAUUUCUAGCUGAUAUAUAUUCUUGGACUGAACUUUGAACUUUAAAUUUCCUCAAUAAGAACAUAACCUAUUUUUUCGGAUAUUUCAUUAUUUAUCAAAAUUUGAGAACAGAAUAGUUUUGGGCUAUGCCUGUUGUUCUAUCCCCAUCAUAUUCAUAUAUGAUUUGUUAUUAUAUCAACGAAUAAAUAAAUAAAUAAAUAAAUAUAAAUACCAGUACUAGUUUAAACUUAAUAAAAGCAUUGAUUAAUGAAUAUACAAAUUUCAAUUUACAUGGGCUGUUUCAUUAAAAAAAAAAGAGUUCUAUAUUUAAUACUGGAAUACAUUUUGAUUAGAAUAUUAUAAGCAAAGCACAUAGACUGAUUCAUUUCCUAUAAUAUCAUUCCCAAAAAAUAUAAGUAUGCUGAACUGGAUAAAUUCUUGUGGAAUUAUAAUUAUUGAUGUAUUUGAAUUAAAUUUAGGUGAGAAAGUAAUCAAAACAAUCCGAAUUAAUCUUCAUAAGAAUCAUGAUAUUCAUGAUUUAAUUUGAUUUGCAUGCAUACAUUGUCAAUUUAUUAGAUUUAUACUGUUUAUUUAUUAUCUCCACCCUUUCGCCAUUUUCACUAUUUAAACAUUUUUUCCAAUUACUGGUGUGUUUUCCAUGUAGAUAAUUAUCCAUGUAUCUCUUUUCAAAUCAUUUCUGUAAUAUUUUAUUUUGAAUUUUUGUGUGUAAUAAUACUGUAUGCUGAAACCAUUCCAGUUGCAUUUUUUUUCAUAAUUUAUUGUCUUCACAAUAAACAUUGUGAGAUAUUGUUGUCCGAUAUGGACACAUGCAUUGUACUUCAAUCAAAACUUGUACAAAAUAAAGAAUAUGAUAAGUAAAA